GAAAGCAUUUCACCGCCGAACUGCGCGCGCAUGAUCUGUCAAAACGCCAAAAUGGCGGAUAAAAAAGUUUUCAUACUAUUCCUAAUUUGUUUUAAUUCGUUUCACAUUGUUAAUAGUGCUAGUCUUUUCGAAAGAUCCUAUGAAUAUGUUAUGAAUUUUGGAAGAAAUGUGGGACCCAGUUUAAUGUCGAUUUUGGACUGUUUCGGCGAAAAUGGCGGGGACUCGUGGGUGUGUGCGCGGGAAAAGGCGGGAAAAUUACUUGACAGCUGGGACAAAGAGGUUGACAAGCAACGGAUGAUUUGGGCAGAAGCAGCAGAUGCAGAAGUGGUGUCAUCAGGAAGGUCCUUCGAGGAGCUACCUUCGAGGCUUGGCAAGGACAUCCAGCUCUCCCUGACUGCAUUCACCGACCUGGUGGAAAACGGGAUGGCCAGAGCAAUGGCAAGAAAGAAAGAUAGUGACAGCGGUGGCAUAGACACCAUAACGAUCUCGACAUCGGACGGAGGCAAGAAAAAAAAGAUGAAGAAAAAAAAACAAAAGCCGGCAAAGAUCCAACUUAUUCAGCCAGUCAUGAUGCCAGUAAACAAGAUGGAGGAGAAAGGUCCUACAAGGGUCCAAUCGUGGGUUAUUGGGGAUUUAGAAGGAGACAGUAGUCGUAUUAGGGGUCAAAAGGAGUAUAGAAGUACAGAGGUCACAGAAAAAUCUAUUAGUGGUGUCGUAAAGGAUGAAAAUGAUACAAGUAGUCAUAUAUCAGAACUGAAGGGAUAUAAUGGGGUUACUGGGGAAAAGGGUAGAAAGGGGAGGGGUAUUUUGACCCAAAUGUGGGGUAUAGGGGAGAAAGCACUGGAUGCGGUGGCAGAGCAUGCGUUAGAAAGUGAGAAUGCUGAAAAUGGUCUAGUUGACCGGAGUUCUAUUGCAGAACAAAGAGGCAAAAAGAAGAAGAAAAAGAAGGCAAUUCUGAAGCUGUUGAUCUUAGGAGCCGUACUUAAAGCUAAGAUUGGGACAUUGCUGCAAAUCCUUUCGUUUAAAUUACAGGUGAAAUUCUUCAUAAUCGCGCUGAUAGGUCUUGGUAUCAACCUGGCCAGGUUCUUGAUCGAGCUGAAGAACAAGCACCACCACCAGCAGCCACAGAAGGUGAUAUACUACGAGCACGCGCAGCAUCAGCACCACUACGAUCAUGAGGAUGAAGAGCACGGCUGGGGACCCUGGUCCAGGAGCAUCGAGCCUGAGGAAGUUGAGGCGGAACUGGAGGAACACAUCAACUCACCGUACAGGGGGCACCAGAAAAUCGCACAAGUCUAUCCCACCAGACCGCUUCUAACUUUAUCAUAACUGUAGGUUAACUUAACAGUAGUUUAAACUUGAAAUUAAUCACUUUCUAAAAUUUCAACGUCAAAAUCUCAGGUUUGAUACUCAUUUAGUUGUUUAGAACGGACAGACAGACAGACAGCAGAGUGACAUUAAUAUGGCUCUGUUUUUACCCUUAGGGUAGGUACGGAACCCUAUCCCGCUCGCUGAGUGACUCUGACCCAAUAAUGUGCUCUGAGCUUUCUUAGAAGGCAUAGCAUUUUUCUGUAACUACCUACAAAAAAUUUUAGAAACUGAAAAAUGUUAUGUCAGUUAAAAUCUGUUUAUAUAUUACCUAGCUAACGCGCUCCACCUUUAGUCGGGUAGAAUUUCCGAAAAUACUUACGGGUCUACAAUCCAUACUAAUACUAAUAAUAUAAAUGCGAAAGUGUGUCUGUCUGUCUAUCUGUCUGCUACCU